AUUGGUCACAUGCUCUUGGUUUUUUUUAAAGGCAAUUUUUGGAGUAGAGUUUUCACAGUCUCAAUAAAUUAUAGGAUGGAUAUCUUAAUGGCUUUAGGGUUUUAAUAAGUUAACUGUUUAUGGAUGGUAUUUUAUAAAAAAGAAGAAGAAGAAACCAGCAAUUGAGAGCGAGUGUUGAAGACUGCAGGAGAUCAUCUCGUUGUGGUGGCGUGUUCACCGUUGGGAUUGUUUACAUUAGGCUCUGCCACUGACAGGGGAGAUGUCAAGUACAGCCAUGAAGAAAAAGGUGUUAUUGAUGGGAAAGAGCGGCUCAGGAAAGACCAGCAUGAGAUCAAUCAUCUUUGCAAACUACAUUGCCAGAGACACUCGCAGACUGGGAGCCACAAUUGAUGUGGAGCACUCCCAUGUGCGCUUUCUGGGCAAUCUGGUCCUGAACCUAUGGGACUGUGGAGGUCAGGAUACCUUCAUGGAGAACUACUUCACCAGCCAGAGAGAUAACAUCUUCCGUAACGUAGAGGUGCUGAUUUAUGUGUUCGAUGUGGAGAGCCGUGAGUUGGAGAAGGACAUGCAUUACUACCAGUCCUGUUUGGAAGCCAUCCUUCAGAAUUCUCCUGACGCUAAAGUCUUCUGCUUAGUGCACAAAAUGGACCUGGUUCAGGAAGAUCAAAGAGACUUGAUCUUUAAAGAACGUGAGGAAGACCUGAAGAGGCUUUCCCGCCCGCUGUUAUGUACCUGCUUCAGAACCUCCAUUUGGGAUGAGACACUUUAUAAGGCAUGGUCCAGCAUUGUCUAUCAGCUAAUCCCAAAUGUCCAGCAGCUCGAAUCCAACUUGCGCAAUUUUGCCCAGAUUAUUGAGGCAGAUGAAGUCCUGCUUUUUGAAAGAGCCACUUUUCUGGUGAUCUCUCACUAUCAGUGCAAAGAGCAACGAGAUGCUCACCGCUUUGAAAAGAUCAGCAAUAUUAUUAAACAGUUUAAACUGAGCUGCAGUAAAUUGGCUGCCUCAUUCCAGAGCAUGGAAGUGCGCAACUCCAAUUUUGCUGCUUUCAUUGACGUGUUCACCUCCAACACGUACGUUAUGGUGAUCAUGUCCGACCCUUCCAUACCCUCUGCCGCUACCCUCAUCAAUAUUCGUAAUGCCAGGAAGCAUUUUGAGAAGCUGGAGAGGGUGGACGGCCCCAAGCACAGCUUGCACAUGCGCAUGCGUUAGACAUCUAAGCCCUUUACUCAGCUUUUGCAGCAGUGCUCAGACAAAAGAGGGCCUGCGUGCUGGGGAAAUGGCGCCCUGGGGAAUUCCUCAUAUCUGCUGACUUCACUGCAUCCAGGGUGUUUUUCUAGAGACUCUUGCCAUUUUUAGAUGAGAAACUUUCUCACACGUUUUUCUCGGAAGACCUGAACUAAGGCGGGUUGGGAUUGAUGAGGAACUCGGUGUAAUCAUGAAAAUCCUGGAAAAUGAGUGGAUUAUUAAGCCAUAAAUCAUUAAAAUUUUAAAUAUGAUGCACAUUUAAAUGUCUCUUUAAACUUGAUCAGUGCCAUACAGUGAUCUAAGUUAUUUAGCCUCACACAAACAGUGGAUCGAUUAAUUAUAUCCCUCUUUUUCCCCCUUCUCUUUGAGUUCACUAGUGUUUGCUUUGCACUAUACAAGUGCUGCAGCUUGCAACAAUAUGGUUUGUUCAGAAAGUGUUGUCUGAAGAGAACAGGGCCAGAUUCUUGUUCAAUGGUCCCUCACUACCUAAAAUUGAUUAAAAGAUCACAUCUCCCCUUUUCUAUACAUAGGAUGUGUGUUAUUUCCCUAUUUAUUAUCUUGGUGAUGGCAUCGCAAAUAAAAGCAAGCAAAUAAAAACAAAGAAAGUAUUACUUUUUUU